CCCCACUGGAAAGAUUACUUAUUCAGAAGCUGUAGAGCUCGGGAGCAUCACCCAGGGGGUAAACCUCUACUCUUGCAAUAGAGGAACCAUAAAGGCCAGUUAAUAAUCAGCCCCAGGCAGAGACAGCUUAGAAGGGCCUCCGGCUUUAGGCAUUCAUAGAUACUUGGGCCGCCUGUCCCCAAUCAGCAGGCUGAUGUGGAAGUAUAAACAAGAAAGGAAGCUGAAGGCUCUAGACAUCCCCAACCUGUUGCGAUCUUCAGCAGACAAACACUCCUGGUGUGUCACAGGAUUCAGGUACACUGCUGAGGCCACGAAGAAGGGCAGCAAGACAGAAUCAGCGACCUCCUGGGAGCCUGUCUCUCUUUGUAGGACCUUGCUCUUUGGCUAAUUUUCCUCCAGAGGCCAAAUUGCCUCCUCUCCUUCCUCCUUGUCUUCCUUCCCCUCCUUCCUUUUCUCUUUCUCUUGGCAUUUGCCAAUGUACUGGUCUCUUACUAUCUCACCUUAAUUUCGAUUGAGACAGCUCCCACAUCUAUGUCCAACUUGGAGCUUUCCUCUGGGGCCACAAACAUGCAGAGGCCUGGUGCUGCACACAUGCAAUAAUUAACAGCUGAGUGGCCUCGCCCAAUCUCAGGCUCCGUUCCUGGGCUCCAUUCCCACCUUCUCCACAGCUCUGUCUCCUAGGCCACUAAACCUCAGCAGCCUCCUGGAAUAAAGAAAGCAAAGGAAGCCUAGGGUGGAGACGAAGAAGCCUGAGGCAGCCUGAAGAGCUGCCGCCUUUUCCGUGUUUGCCGCCUGACACAUCUCAUCCGGGACCACAUACCCGAAGCAGGGAGUGGAGAGAGGCCUGGGCUGGGCCAGGCGGUCUGAGUUUUAACCUGUGCUCUGAGUAGGUGGGUCAGAUUUUACCCAGCAGGAGUUGAAGACUCGCUUGGUGCCUCAAAAGGACUGACUUCCUGGGCCUGGAGUUGGAGAUUAGAGAUCUGACAUGGCUCACCUGAUGACUGCGCAGUUGUUGCUUCUGCUGAUGUGGAUGGCCGGAUGUGCCCAAUCCAGAGCUACGCGGACCAGGACUGAACUUCUCAAUGUCUGCAUGGAUGCCAAGCACCACAAAGAAAAACCAGGCCCCGAGGACAAUUUGCACGAUCAGUGCAGCCCCUGGAAGAUGAACUCCUGCUGUUCCAUGAACACAAGCCAGGAAGCACAUAAGGACAUUUCCUACCUAUACCGCUUCAACUGGAACCACUGUGGAACUAUGACUUCAAAAUGCAAACGGCACUUUAUCCAAGACACCUGCCUCUAUGAGUGUUCCCCAAACUUGGGACCCUGGAUCCAGCAGGUGGACCAGAGCUGGCGCAAAGAGCGGAUCCUUGAUGUUCCCCUGUGCAAAGAGGACUGUCAGAUGUGGUGGGAGGACUGCCGCAGCUCUUAUACCUGCAAGAGCAACUGGCACAAGGGAUGGAACUGGACCUCGGGGCAUAACGAGUGUCCUGUGGGAGCCUCCUGCCAUCCCUUCACCUUCUACUUCCCUACACCUGCUGCUCUGUGUGAGAAAAUCUGGAGUAACUCCUACACGCUCAGCAACUACAGCCGAGGGAGUGGCCGCUGCAUCCAGAUGUGGUUCGACCCAGCCCAAGGCAACCCCAAUGAGGAAGUGGCAAGGUUCUAUGCCGAGGCCAUGAGUGGGGCUGGGCUUCAUGGGGCUUGGCCGCUAGUGUGCAGUCUGUCCUUAGUGCUGCUCUGGGUGUUCAGCUGAGUUCCCGUUACCUUCAGUUGUCUGGAGCGCCAACCUGCUUGGCUUGGCCUCCCAGCUCCCAGCCUCCUUUGUGGUGGGGCUCUGACAGCCUGUUUAAUAAACCAGACAUUGCACAUG